AUGAAAAGAGUACUUAGUGGCUGCCAAGGGAUUUUACUAAAUUACUUUGAUUCUACAAGAACACUGAUUGCUAUUUCUUUGUCGUAUCUUUCCCAUGGAAAGCUGAGUUUGCCAUUAGAACGUUAUGUUCUUAUUGAUAUUGAUGAUGUCUUUGUUGGUGCUCCUGGCAAAAGGAUGAAAAUCUCUGAUGUUCAUGCAUUAUUGGCUGCACAGAAACGUUUACAAAGCCAGAUAAAAGGUUUCCGUUUUAAUUUAGGAUUUUCUGGGAAAUAUUACCAAAAAGGAACUCCAGAGGAGAACCUUGGUGAUCAGCUGCUGAUAGAGAAGAGAGAUCAUUUUUGGUGGUUUCCUCAUAUGUGGCAUCAUGAACAGCCACAUAAAUUUCAACUACCUGCCUUGGAACGAGGAAUGUCACAGAAUUACCAUUUUGCAAAGAUUUACUCUCCCACCCCAAAUAGAAAAGUCUUUCCUUCCCCCCCUCUCUCUUCAUACACAGAUACUAUUAUUCACAGCAUAAAGAGUUUUUUUUUUCUCUCUCUCUUCCUUUCACUGUGCGGCUUUACAGCUGAAGCUAACCAGUUUUGGUGGUUCGGUCACACUUGGACUCACACACAGGCUCACUUACAUGACAAUGUCACCACUCUAGAAGAGGAGAUGAUUCUAAAUAAAGAAUUUUCACAGAAAUACAAAAUCCCUGUAACAACAAAUUAUGCUGUGGCACCACAUCAUUCUGGUGUCUACCCUGUCCAUGAACCUCUCUAUGAAGCAUGGCGUAAAGUUUGGAACAUCAGCAUCACUAGUACAGAAGAGUACUUGCAUUUACGACCGGCUCGGAGAAGAAGAGGGUUUAUUCAUCGCGGUAUAAAGGUAUUACCUCGACAAAUAUGUGGCCUGUACACUCACAACUUGUUUAUGGAUCGUUAUCCUGGCGGCCGUAAAAAGUUGGACACUAGUAUUCAAGGGGGAGAACUCUUUCAGACCUUUCUCUACAAUAAGGUGAAUAUUUUUAUGACUCACAUGUGCAAUUAUGGAAGUGACAGACUCGCUCUUUACACUUUUGAGAGUGUAAUAAAAUUCCUGCAGUGUUGGACACAUUUCAGAUUAUUUACUGUUCCACCAAAACAACUUGCUGACAUCUACUUUUCUACCUAUUCAGAUGAAAUUGAUCCCAUUUGGGUGAAUCCUUGCCAUGAUAAAAGACAUAUGGCAAUUUGGUCUCCCAAGAAGACUUGCCACACUCUUCCGCAAUUUAUUGUAGUUGGGCCUCAGAAAACAGGCACAACUGCUAUUUACACAUUUCUAAAUAUGCAUCCCUCAAUACGAAGUAAUGUUAAACGGCCUCUUAUAUUUGAAGAACUCCAUUUCUUUAGCAGUGACCAUUAUUAUAACAAGGGUCUUGACUGGUACAUGAGUUCAUUUACAUAUAACAGACCCAACCAGACAGAUAUAAUGUUCUUUGAGAAAACAGCCGAUUAUUUUGACAACUACAUGGCCCCAAUGAGAGUAGCAGCAUUGAUUCCUGAUGUUAAACUUAUCACUAUCCUGCUUGACCCGGUGAAGCGGGCUUAUUCUUGGUAUCAGCAUGCUCGUGCCCACAAGAAUCCUGCUUCUUUGAAUUUCACAUUUUAUGAAAUCAUUACUGCUGGAGAAGGAAGUCCAAAGAUUCAGCGGGAACUGCGCAAUCGAUGUUUGAACCCCUCAAUAUAUGCUCAACAUCUUGAGCGCUGGCUUGACUACUUCCCUCCGUCACAGCUGCUGAUAUUAGAUGGCCAAGAAGUUAAAGAAGAUCCACCUUUAGUCAUGGAUAAACUCCAGAAAUUCAUUGAAGUUCACCCUUAUGUUGAUUAUAGAAGGUUGUUGCGAUAUGACUCUAAGAAGAAAUUCUACUGCCAAGUCCUACAGUCUGAUUUUAUUAAGUGCCUUGGGCCAGGCAAAGGCAGAAUUUACCCACCAAUGGAAGAAGCAGCCCAGAAAUAUCUGAAAAUGUUCUUCCGUCGACACAAUGUUGCAUUAUCUAAACUGUUAAUGAAAUUAAACCAACCAGCACCAACUUGGCUCAAAGAAGAUCUACGAGAGAGCAUCUAA